AUGGCGCGCUCCAAUGCGUCCUUGCCGGGCGCGGCGGGCCCCAGCCUGCCGGGCACGCCGGUGGGGUGGCAGGCCGAUGCGCACGAGUGGGAUCCGAUGCUCGACGACGAGUCGAGCGACGAGGACGACGAGCUGCCGCGCCUCGACUGGCGCGAGGCGUCGCCGGUGCCGUUUCCCUCGCCGCAGCCCGAACGGAGCGAGCGCCAGACGCUCGCGGAGCGCCUGGGCUUUACGCUGGACGGGCGGUGGCCGCAGCUUUCGUCGGGCAACGUGUUCUGGGGCUUUGGGCGCCAGCGCCAGCGGCGGCGGCCGCGCACGCACGGCGAGUACGGCGCACUGGGCGGCGCGCCGCAGCCGGCGUUUAGCCCGUCGGGCGUGCGCAUAGCGAGCGACCCAAAUGCGCAGAAUACAGGGCGCCUGACGCGUAUGCACCCGGUGGGGUACCGCAGCAAUGUCGCGGCACACGAUGUCGACUCGAGCGAGCACCUCGUACUGCCGGUGCCCGCGUCGCCGUCGAUGCAGCCGCGGCGCAUCUUGGAGCACGCGUUCCGGCCAAGCAGUGCGGCGAUCGACGGGGUGCUCGGCAGCUGGGUGCGCCGCAACCUCGUGCUCAUCUGGCUGCCGGUGCUCUUGGUGCUCGUGUGGUGCGGCGUGCCGUUUCCCAAGCGCGAGGCGUACGACACCGGUGACGAGACGGACGGCACGACGGGUGACCCCGACGAGGCGUGGGUGAAUGCCAACUUUUGGUUCUUCUUGUUCUGGUACUUUGGGUGCUACGUGGCGGUGGCGCUAAUCUUUAUCACGCAGCUCUUUACGCUGUACCGCCUGAACUGGUGGCCGACGGCGCUGGGUGCCAAGACCUCGUACGCCUUCUUCUGGUCGCUAAGUCUCGUGUGCGGCUACUUGAUGCACCUCUUCAACCCCCUGCGCAUCCGCGUGCCAGACGACGGCGAGGCGCAGUGGCAGCUCAAGACCGAGUGGGUGUUUCUCGCGUUUGCGACCAUGGCCAUGCCGGCGUGCGUCUGCUUCAUCGGCCUGCGGCGCAAGGGGCGGCAGCGCUACCGCCCGAUGCUCACGGAUGUGCAGAAACCGUUUGCGACCAGCGACGGAUGGCGCAUUCCCGCGUCGUACCGCCGCUUUUGUUGGUUCAUGCUGACCAUGGCGCUGAACCUGCUUACGCUCCUUGCAGGCCAGGGCUAUGCGAUCCUGUACCUCGAGACGCUGCCGCACACCGGCCUCGACGGCACGCUCUACGUCGCGUUCUGGAUGUUUACCGUGCUGGCCCUCAGCGCGGUGACGCAAUGGAUCAUGGCGGAAAAGGUGCGCAGCCGCGCGCUCCUGUUCGUUUUCCGCUACUUUUACUUUAUGGUGUACUUUAUCUUUUACCGGAACUUGUUUGCGCGCCUGCGCAGCUUUGACCAGUUUGCGCUGAUCCAGCUGCUCAGCUCCGCGUGGGUGUGCCUGUGGUACCCGCUGACCAUGUCGCCGCUGUGGCUCAAGUUCCUCAACCGAUUCAACUCGCGGCAGGUGCCGUGGGAAGAGCAUGCGGAAAAGAUCAGUCUCUUUUUCUACCUGCGCAACAUUGCGCAGCACACCACGAUGCUCGCGUUCCUCGGCUGGCUCUCGAUCCUGCACUUUGGCAUCAACCAGCCCCUGUACCCGUUCUUUGCGUUCGACGACGACGAUCCGUACAACUACAAACUCACAAUGCUCGGCUCGCUCGUGAUCUGGGCCUCGGAGUUUGCCUCGAUCUGGGUCACGACGGGCAUCUGCUGGCUCUUGUACGGCGUCAACAUGGCGCAGGUCGGUCUCGCGGAAAUGCGGCUCUACCCCGAGCUCGUGCCGACGUGCGUCUGGACCAGUCUGCACGUCCUGAUGAAUAUGCUCUUCUUCCUCAUCCAGCUCAACUUUUCGUAA